AUGCCAGACCUCAGGCUGUACGCACUGGGAAUAGCUGCGGCCAUGGUGACCACGGGUGUGGCCUACGCCCUGUGGACCUACGUCUCCGCCCUGCGCCCCGCGAGGAGGCCACACCUGCCCAGACCCGAGGCUGCAACUCCUGCGCGCGGGCGCGCAGAGGAAAGAAAGCAAACAGGAGCGGUGGAAAUGGAGAAUGUGAAGAAAGGGAAGGCUAAGGAAGUGGCGAAGGAGAAAAUUAAGGUGAAAGGAAAAGAAGAGAGAAAGAAAGAAGUGUCAAAGGGGAAAGAGAAAGGGAAGGAAGAGAAGUGGAUAAGAAAAGAUAAUGAGCAGGAAAAGGAGAAAGAGCAAGGGAAGGAGACAGCAGCCAAGAAUGAGCAAUUUAAAGAAAAGCCAGAGGUAGAGAAGAGCGACAGCACCAAGACAGAGACGCCUCUGGAGUCAUCCGACAAAAAUAAGCAGAUCCUAGUUCUAGGCCUGGAUGGAGCAGGGAAAACCAGCAUCCUCGACUCUCUAGCUUUAAACAAAGUCCAGCAUAGCAAGGCACCCACCCAAGGUUUCAAUCCCGUGUGCAUCGACAUUGAAGACAACCAAAUGGAGUUCCUGGAGAUUGGCGGCAGCGAGCCUUUUCGUUCUUACUGGGAAAUGUACCUGUCCAAGGGAUUGUUGCUGAUCUUUGUGGUGGAUUCAGCAGAUCACAAUCGAUUACCUGAAGCCAAAAAAUUCCUUCACCAACUAACAGAAGCAAAUCCAAUCCUUCCUCUGGUUGUGUUUGCACACAAACAGGAUCUCAAGGCAGCCUAUCACAUUACAGAUAUCCACGAAGCAUUAGCAUUAUCUGAGGUGGGAAAUGACAGAAAAUUGUUCUUGUUUGGAACUCAAGUGACCAAGAAUGGCUCAGAGAUACCUUCUACUAUGCAAGAUGCCAAAGACCUGAUUGCACACCUGGCUGCAAAUGUGCAGUAAGCAGGACGAGGCCCAC